AUGGCACAGGAACAGAGUGAAGAGGAAGCUUUGAAUGGUGGAUUGAGGGGUGUCUUUGCUCAAAAGAUUAUUGAAGGAUAUCUGAGCUUGGAUAAGCAGUUUUCUGGGAGAACGAUAUGGCUAACAUUAAAUUGGAAUAAGUUGGAAUUAGAAAGAUGCGUUUUCCUGGCCACAAGUGACCGGCAAGAAAAGAAAGAACAGGUAUUGGGUUUCUUGAGACCAGAAAGAGCAUCAGAUUGA